AUGUUACUAGUGAGUUAUUCCUAAGGGGCACUUCGCUAACAAGUCCCUAUUUACAGGCGUCGAAGACCGGCUUCAUGAUUUACCCGGGCCGAGCGGGACAUCGGGAACUGUUGGAAGUCACAGGCGACUCCACGAGUAGGGAAAGGUGUGAUGAGAAAGUUUUCCGCGGAAACGUUGACAUCGAGAAUUCCGGUUCUAGAAUACAUUUUGAUGCACAUCUGAAUUUUUUGGUGUAA